CUUUGCAAAUGAUUUUCCUGUUCUAGACUAGCAUGGCCAUGACGGGUGGCAUGGCAGCGCCUCUCCCGAUGAGUAACCAUACACGUGAGAGAGUCACGGUGGCCAAACUCACGCUGGAGCACUUCUACAGCACCCUGCUCACCCAGCACGAGGAGCGGGAGAUGCGGCAGAAGAAGCUGGAGUUGGUGAUGGAUGAGGAGGGUUUACCUGAUGAAGAGAAGAGUAUGAGGCGCUCUCUGCACGCUCGUAAGGAGACCGAGUUUCUGCGGCUCAAGAGGACCCGUCUUGGUCUCGAUGACUUUGAGUCCCUCAAAGUGAUCGGGAGAGGAGCAUUUGGAGAGGUGCGCCUGGUUCAGAAAAAAGACACCGGUCACAUUUAUGCCAUGAAGAUCCUCAGGAAAUCAGACAUGUUAGAGAAAGAGCAGGUGGCUCAUAUCCGGGCCGAGAGAGAUAUCCUGGUGGAGGCUGAUGGCGCCUGGGUAGUGAAGAUGUUCUACAGCUUUCAAGAUAAACGCAAUCUGUAUCUCAUCAUGGAGUUUCUGCCUGGAGGAGAUAUGAUGACUCUGCUGAUGAAGAAAGACACGCUGUCGGAAGAAGCUACGCAGUUCUAUAUUGCAGAGACUGUCCUGGCCAUUGACUCAAUUCACCAGCUGGGCUUCAUUCACAGAGACAUCAAACCUGACAACCUGCUGCUCGACUCACGGGGCCAUGUCAAACUGUCUGACUUUGGCCUCUGCACAGGCUUGAAGAAGGCCCAUCGGACUGAAUUUUACAGGAACCUCACGCACAACCCUCCCAGUGACUUCUCUUUCCAAAACAUGAAUUCAAAACGGAAAGCAGAAACAUGGAAAAAGAACCGAAGACAGCUGGCAUAUUCAACCGUCGGGACACCAGACUAUAUCGCCCCUGAGGUCUUCAUGCAGACGGGCUACAACAAGCUUUGUGACUGGUGGUCUCUUGGAGUGAUAAUGUACGAGAUGUUGAUAGGUUAG